CGGCCGGUGGGCGGUGUGUGCGCAGGCGCUGUGUCUCUGCCCCGCCCCUCAGUCAGUGGCUCGAGAUGGCGGUUGUGGCGGCUCAGGUGGUGGAGCUGGACAUUGAGGAGCAGCAGAUAGAUCUCUUAAAAUUUCCUUCAGAUGACGACCAAUGGAGAGUGCAUAAUGCCAAGGUACAUGCAAAACACCGUGGACAUGAAGCUAUGCAUGCAGAAAUGGUGCUUAUUCUUAUUGCCACCCUCGUAAUAGCUCAGAUUGUGCUAGUCCAGUGGAAACAGCAUCAUUGUAGAUCAUAUAAUCUGGUCACCCUGCUGCAGAUGUGGAUUGUUCCUUUAUAUUUCACAGUAAAACUUUACUGGUGGCGCUUUCUCUCCACAUGGGGAAUGUUCUCUGUUAUAACCAGUUAUGUCAUCUUCAGAGCUACCCGCAAACCUCUUUCUGGAAGAACACCACGGAUGGUCUACAAGUGGUUUCUUCUCAUCUACAAAAUAAGUUAUGCAGUGGGCAUUGUAGGAUAUUUGGCAGUAAUGUUCACAAUGUUUGGCUUCAAUUUAUUCUUCAGAAUAAAGACUGAAGACUCCAUGGAUUUUGGUGUAAUUUUGCUGUUCUAUGGCUUGUAUUACGGGGUUAUGGGAAGAGAUUUUGCUGAGAUUUGCUCUGACUAUAUGGCUUCCACUAUUGGAUUCUAUAAUUUUGGUAGAUUGCCAUCCAAGAAUCUCUCUGAUGACAUUUGCGCCGUGUGUGGUCAGAAAAUAUUUGUGGACAUCAGUGAAGAAGGAAUCUUAGAAGAUACAUACCGUCUCUCAUGUAAUCAUGUAUUUCAUGAAUUCUGCAUUCGUGGUUGGUGUAUUGUAGGUAAAAAGCAGACGUGCCCAUACUGUAAUGAGAAGGUGGACCUUAAAAGAAUGCUGAGUAAUCCGUGGGAGCGCACACAUGUUUUAUAUGGCCAGCUAUUAGAUUGGCUGCGUUAUCUAGUUGCAUGGCAGCCUGUAAUUAUUGGAGUUGUACAAGGUAUUAACUAUGUAUUGGGUCUAGAAUAAGACCCUACCAAUUUUUCUGGCACGUGCAUUAUAAAUAAAUCAUUUUAAAUUAUGUAUAUUCUA